AUGGACAGUUCGUCUUCCUCGCAAGACUUCUCCGCAGCAGUCCCUUCCUGGGACGACGGGGAUCCUGGCUCCCUGAUGCCCUUCAGCUUUUCCCUGAACCAUAAAUCCACAAUCCCAGUACAUGCCUCCGAAGCUGAUGACGACAAUGAGGAAGAGGGCAACGAAGAGGCUAACAUGGACGGAACCUCUUCCUCGCUCCCCAUCUCGAUUCACCCUCUCGAUAUCACUCGCCCGUGUGACUUCUCCAAAGCGACCCACGAACUUCUCCUGGAAUCAGUCGACAAUUUCUGGAUUGGGUUUGACCUCAGUACGUUCCCGCAGUUCAUCGCAUCCUGGAUCCCACGCCUGCGGCAUGCCGCCCUGCCGGGGUCGUACGAGCAGCUUUUGUUGCUGUUGUACGAUGACCUCGCCCACUACGUCCAGCUUCAGAAAUCAAUGGCAGAUGGCAUUCCAAACUAUCUGACCACACAUCGGGACCGGGUGCUUUAUGAAGACAGGCUGCGUAACGUCGGAAGAGCGUAUGAGUGGAGCCAUCCGCGCUAUCGCAAACCUGCCACGCUGCAUGCUAGACGUCCAUCAUCCCUGACAAGAAAAAAUGCUGAGGAAUCUCUUUUCUUUGCUGAACUGCGGAUGCUAAGAGAUCUGGUUGCGCCCGUGCGCGAUGCUUCCCUGCCUGUUUAUUGGAUUACCUUGCGAAAGGAUCGAGCUGACGAUAUGGAACCCGAGUUUGCUGCGUCGCAGGAUAUCAUCGCCAGGUUCAAGAUACAUUUGCAGGAGUCGCUCUAUGACCACCAUAAGAACUACACCAUCCACUGCACGAGGUCUUCUACAGCUGACCCUCGCAAAGAUCUUAGCCUCAAGCAGUUUCGUCUGGACACCUGCAAGGGAACACUGCUCUGGGAGAAAUAUCCCCCAGACCCGAUGCACUUCACCGAUUUCCACCAGCAUUACCGAGACCACCUCCUCCAGACAGAUCCCUUCGCUGCCCAAGAGGCCGGGUUCCUGCCUCCUAUCAGUACACCCCCGCCUACCGUCAAGGUUGCCUACCAACCAGGUGUUGAUCUAGGAGAUCGCUGGGCUCCAGUUACCUACGAGUCGAAGAUCCUGACGCUGUUGGUGCGAACUGCACAGUGGUUGGCACUGGCCCGUGGCCUCCCCGCCGUGCAUCUUUUUUAUGAUGUGACUCGCCUCUUCACCAUAUACGGAGUUGACGUUGCCAAUGCUACCCAGAUCGGCUUUUGCAAUCUUAUGGCCAGCCUGCGUUUUCCUCGGGACGCGCAUGUUCAGCCUCCUGCACGCCCUCCGCUAACUCCAUCGGGUGGAAUACACAAUCCAGAGUAUUUCAGAGAUCUUGAAGCUGCCAACCGUGCCAUGGUGCAGGCCCUCAUUAAUGAAGAUACUUUGCUAGGAAGGGAUGAUGACGCUAUCUCUUGGGACUUCCCUCAUCAAACUUUGGCUUGGAGUGCCGAUGGCUGUGAAAGGAAACUGGUGCUGAAAAGACCUUUCCAGCGUUGCCGAUUUAACCCUGUCCACGUUGUGGAUACCGAAUGGGAGGAUUUCAUUGCUGCCCACCUUGAAAAGGGUCAGCCCGAGGAAGACGAGGAUUUUGACAAUUUGGACGGAGGAGUCCCGAUCGUAGGUUUCUCGAUAGCCGCCAAUCAUUACUCUGAAGUUGACUAUGAGAGCAGCCCUAAAACUCCCGAUUACCAUUCCGCAGUGACAUCCCCUAUCAUCAUCCCCUCCUCUGUAAAGGCUUCUACCCCCGCCGCGCCUCCUAAUUUGGAUCCCAUCCUCGAAGACGAGGAGCUUUCCGCCUGGCUCGACGCUAAUUCAGGCUCGCCUACUUUCUCUCGCAGCUACCACGCUCUUCAUUUGACGAAUAGCUGUCCCUCGGCUGGUCCGCGCACUGACAACUGA